AUGUCGACUCCCAAGAUCACGCUGUAUACCAGCCAUCUCUGCCCAUGGGCACAUCGUGCUCACAUUGCGCUCAAGGAGCUGGGACUCCCGUUUGAGGAGGUGCUGAUUGACUUGUCGGUUCCAAGAGAGCCGUGGUAUUUGGAAAUCAACCCUCGCGGCCAAGUCCCUGCACUCGUCUACGAUGGCAACAUCAUCACAGAGUCAGCCAUCGUAGCUCGAUUCCUGGCUGAUGCGCACCCAUCACAUCUCCUACCUCCCUCCACAGGCAUAGAGAAUGCGCUCUACCGUGCACGCCUCGACUGGUUCGUGGAUGCAUUUAUUAGCAAAGUGAACCCGCACUUAUUUGGCAGUGCUCGCGCUGCCACUGAAGAGGAUCGCGACAAGUCUGCUGAAUUACUUGUGGCGGCUGUGGCCAAGGAUAUUGAGCCUCGUUUGGUGGAAGGCAAGGGUCCUUUCUAUGGUGGCAGUGAGACGUUGACUUUUGCUGAGGUACUCACUGGCUCAUUCCUGCUUCGUAUUAAUGGCCUCUCCAAUCCCGAACAUGGCCUGCUUAGUGCAAAGCUCCCUGCUCUCUUGGACUCGGUGCCCAAGUUCAAGCGCUGGUUGGAAGCCACUGUGCAGCAUGCGAGUGUGAAUUAUAUCUGGGAUGCGGCCAAGGUGGCUGGCCAUACUAGGAAGGUAUUUGCUGCACAUGCUAGCAAAUAG